UUGGCUAUGGAUAAUUCAUAUCAUCUCAACCAACGAAACUCAUGUAAUGGACUUCCAUCUGAGAAGAAAAACAACUUCCUUGUGUCUGAAGAUCAUGGACAGAAAAUCUUAAGUGUACUACAGAAUUUUAGAGAACAAAAUGUCUUUUAUGAUUUCAAAAUAAUCAUGAAAGAUGAAACAAUCCCAUGUCAUCGUUGUGUCUUAGCAGCAUGCAGUGACUUUUUCAGGGCCAUGUUUGAAGUGAACAUGAAAGAGCGAGACGGUGGGAGCGUCACCAUCACUAAUCUGUCCUCCAAAGCAGUAAAAGCGUUUCUUGACUAUGCCUACACUGGGAAAACCAAGAUAACGGAUGAUAACGUGGAAAUGUUCUUCCAGUUGUCAUCAUUUCUUCAAGUUUCCUUCCUAGCCAAAGCUUGCAGUGACUUCUUAAUAAAGAGUAUUAACCUUGUCAAUUGUUUACAGUUAUUAUCGUUGUCAGACAGCUACGGCUCUCCCCGCUUGUUUGACCACGCGCUGUACUUUGUACAGCACCACUUUUCCUUACUGUUUAAAUCCAGUGAUUUCCUAGAGAUGAACUUCGGAGUACUGCAGAAAUGUCUGGAAUCCGAUGAACUGAAUGUCCCUGAAGAAGAGACUGUACUGAAAGUGGUCCUUAGCUGGACCAAACACAACUUAGAAUCAAGGCAAAAGCAUCUGCCUUACUUGAUUAAAAAAGUUAGAUUACAUCAGUUAUCCGAGGAGACCCUUCAAAACUGUCUGCUCAACGAAGAGUGUUUACUCAAAAGCACAAACUGUUUUGACAUAAUCAUGGAUGCUGUUAAGUGUGUGCAAGGUUCUGGUGGACUCUUCCCUGACGCUCGACCAUCCACAACUGAAAAAUACAUAUUUGUUCACAAAACUGAGGAAAACGGUGGAGACCAAUAUACCUUUUGCUACAAUAUAAACAGUGACUCGUGGAAAGUGCUGCCACAGUCACACCUGAUUGACUUGCCAGGGUCUAGUCUGUCUAGUUACGGAGAGAAGAUAUUCCUGACGGGCGGGUGCAAAGGGCCGUGCUGUAGAACGGUUCGGCUUCAUAUCGCAGAGUCCUAUCAUGAUGCGACUGACCAAACCUGGUGCUACUGUCCAGUGAAGAACGAUUUCUUCCUGGUAUCAGCUAUGAAGACACCAAGAACCAUGCAUACAUCAGUUCUGGCUCUCAACAGAUUAUUUGUCAUAGGUGGAAAGACGAAAGGGUCUCAGGACAUUAAAAGCCUCUUAGAUGUCGAGUCUUACGACCCUCUUUCUAAAGAAUGGAUGUCUGUCAGCCCGUUACCCAGGGGCAUAUACUACCCUGAAGCGAGCACCUGCCAAAAUGUCAUUUAUGUUCUUGGGUCAGAGGUAGAGAUUACAGAUGCCUUUAACCCGUCACUUGAUUGCUUUUUCAAAUACAACGUGACCACCGAUCAGUGGUCUGAACUCGUAGCAGAGUUUGGGCAGUUUUUUCAUGCGACACUAAUCAAAGCUGUCCCAGUAAACUGCACACUGUACAUAUGUGACCUUUCCACCUAUAAGGUUUAUAGCUUUUGUCCAGAUACUUGUGUCUGGAAGGGUGAAGGCUCUUUUGAAUGUGCAGGCUUUAAUGCAGGCGCAGUUGGAAUUGAAGACAAAAUUUAUAUCUUGGGUGGCGAUUACGCACCAGAUGAGAUCACAGAUGAAGUACAAGUCUACCACAGUGGCAGAUCUGAGUGGGAGGAAGUCUCACCCAUGCCACGAGCCUUAACGGAAUUUUACUGCCAGGUGAUUCAGUUUAAUAAAUACAGAGACCCAUGGUUUUCUAAUCAUUUCUGA